AUGGAGAACUCGUUUCUCUCUACCCCAGCGGAAGCGCUGAAGCACUUCAAUGUCUCGGAGAAGUCUGGUCUCUCGCAAGAUGCGGUGUUGAAGUCCAGACAGAAGCAUGGACCAAAUGCCCUAGAGGAAGAACCUCCGACUCCCCUGUGGGAAAUGGUCCUGGAACAAUUCAAAGACCAGCUGGUCCUUAUUCUAUUGGGCUCGGCCGCGGUGUCCUUUGUGCUGGCUCUUUUUGAGGAGGGCGACGACUGGACCGCCUUUGUGGACCCGGUUGUGAUUCUGACCAUUCUGAUCCUUAACGCCGUGGUGGGCGUCACCCAGGAAAGUAGCGCGGAAAAGGCCAUUGCAGCUCUUCAGGAAUACUCGGCCAACGAAGCAAAGGCGAUCCGUGAUGGAAAGGUUCGACGGGUCAAGGCCGAGGACCUGGUACCCGGAGACGUGAUUCAGAUCGCCGUGGGUGACCGUGUGCCCGCCGACUGUCGACUGCUCUCCAUCCACAGCAACAGUUUCCGUGUUGAUCAGGCUAUUCUGACGGGCGAAAGUGAAAGUGUUAGCAAGGAAACCCGCGUCAUCAAGGACCGCCAGGCAGUCAAGCAGGACCAGGUGAACAUGCUCUUCUCGGGAACCACAGUUGUCAACGGCCAUGCCACCGCUCUGGUUGCGUUGACCGGUGGAUCCACUGCCAUUGGAGAUAUCCACGACAGCAUCACGUCCCAGAUCUCUGAGCCCACCCCGUUGAAGCAGAAGCUCAAUGACUUCGGUGACAUGCUCGCCAAGGUGAUUACGGUCAUCUGUAUUCUGGUGUGGGUGAUCAACUAUGAGAACUUCAACGAUCCCUCCUUCGGUGGCUGGACCAAGGGCGCCAUCUACUACCUCAAGAUUGCCGUCUCCUUGGGUGUGGCAGCCAUUCCCGAGGGUCUCGCUGUGGUCAUCACCACCUGUCUCGCCUUGGGAACUCGCAAGAUGGCCCAGAAGAAUGCUGUGGUUCGAUCCUUGCCGUCGGUGGAAACCCUGGGCAGUUGCAGUGUCAUUUGCUCCGACAAGACUGGAACCCUGACUACGAAUCAGAUGAGUGUGGAAAAGAUUGUUUACCUGGCCAACACCGGCGAUGUCGUGGAGGAAAUUGAUGUCGAAGGUACUACCUUUGCUCCCACGGGUAAACUUAGCUUCAAUGGCAAGGUCUUGGAGAACCCGGCUGCCUCUUCGUCGACUGUAAGACAACUGGCCGAAGUCUCCGCGCUUUGCAACGCCGCGACCCUUGCACACGAUGCCAAAAAUGGAGCAUUCGCCAGCAUUGGAGAGCCCACCGAGGGAGCCUUGCGCGCUCUCGUGGAAAAGAUCGGUACCAACGACGCUGCUCAGAACCAAAAUAUCUUCAAGCUUCCCGCCUCGGAGAGACUGCAUGCUGCGAGCGCCCACUACGAAUCUCGUCUUCCUCUCAAGGCCACUUAUGAGUUCUCGCGCGACCGCAAGAGUAUGUCCGUUCUCGUCGGCGAGGGCAGGGAACAGAAGCUGCUGGUAAAGGGUGCACCGGAAACAAUCCUGGAUCGUUGCUCUCACGUUCUGCUAGGCCCCGACGGGUCCAAGGUGUCAAUGAACAAGAGGCACCAGGAGAGACUCUCCGAAGAGGUGGUUGAGUACGGCAACCGAGGCCUCCGGGUUAUGGCGAUCGCCAGUGUCGACGGCAUUGCCGGAAACCCUCUUUUGAAGAGCGCCUCCACUCCUGAGGAUUACGCCAAGCUGGAACAGAACAUGACAUUGAUUGGUUUGGUUGGGAUGUUGGAUCCCCCGCGCGCGGAGGUCGUCGAUUCUAUCAAGAAGUGCCACGCCGCCGGUAUCCGGGUCAUUGUAAUUACUGGUGACAACCCCAACACUGCCGAAUCCAUCUGUCGUCAGAUCGGCGUGUUCGGUGCGAACGAGGAUCUCACGAGCAAGAGUUUCACGGGCCGGGAGUUUGACGGUCUCAGCGAAAGUGACAAGAUGAAGGCGGUUCAGACCGCAUCGCUUUUCUCACGUACCGAACCCAGUCACAAGUCUAAACUGGUUGAUCUCCUUCAGUCCUUGAACCACGUGGUUGCGAUGACCGGUGACGGUGUCAACGAUGCGCCUGCUCUGAAGAAGUCCGACAUUGGUGUGGCUAUGGGGACUGGUACCGACGUGGCCAAGUUGGCGGCUGACAUGGUUCUGGCGGACGACAACUUUGCGACCAUCACCGUCGCCGUCGAGGAAGGUCGAUCCAUCUACAGCAACACCCAGCAGUUCAUUCGGUAUCUCAUUUCGUCUAACAUUGGUGAGGUCGUGUCGAUCUUCCUGACCGCGGCCCUCGGCAUGCCCGAGGCGUUGAUUCCCGUCCAGUUGCUGUGGGUCAACCUGGUCACCGAUGGGCUGCCUGCGACGGCGCUGUCGUUCAACCCUCCGGACCACGACGUGAUGAAGCGUCCUCCCCGUCGCCGUGAUGAGCCCCUUGUUGGUGGGUGGCUGUUGUUCCGCUACAUGGUCAUUGGCACGUACGUCGGUGCCGCCACGGUGUUUGGUUACGUCUGGUGGUUUGUUUACAACCACGAGGGCCCGCAGAUUUCUUUUUACCAGCUGUCGCACUUCCACAAGUGCUCGGCGCAGUUCCCCGAGAUUGGUUGCGAGAUGUUUAGCAACGACAUGGCCAAGUCCGCGUCGACGGUGUCCCUUUCGAUCCUUGUAGUGAUUGAGAUGCUGAACGCGAUGAACGCUCUGUCUUCCAGCGAGUCCCUGCUGACCUUCUUCCUGGGCAACAACCCGAUGUUGGUUUACGCGAUCAUGCUCUCCAUGGCCCUCCACUUUGCCAUCCUCUACGUUCCCUUCCUCCAGGGCCUGUUCUCGAUCCUGCCUCUGGACUGGACGGAGUGGCAGGCAGUGUUGGUGAUCAGUGCGCCGGUGAUUUUCAUCGACGAAAUCCUCAAGUUUUUUGAGCGUCGUCUCUACAACACCCGCGUGUCUGUGGCGCCGACCCAGAACGGCGUAAAGCCGAAGCGGUCGUAA